CUGAACGCAGCAGCUGCCUUCACGGACUGUCAUGGCGGCUCCCUUGAAGGGGGUUUGGUGCUGGAGAAAGUAGCCGCCGUCUUGUCCCGCUUUUCCCCGCACGCAGAGCAGCUGAGGCCGGCUGAGGUGGUGUCCAGGAGCGGGCAGCUACCAUGGGGACCGUCCACGCUAAGAGUCUGGAUCCUCUGCCGAUGCACGGCCGGGAUUUGGGCAUGCACCCGGACGACCUGCUGGAGGCUCCGGAGCAGGCGCCGGAGUCCAAGCAGGAGAUCCUGGAGAACAAAGACGUGGUUGUCCAGCACGUCAACAUUCAGGGUCUGGGCCGGACCAAGGAGGACCUGCGCUACGAGAUCUCCGAGGUGUUCCACGCCAAGAACCUGAUCGAUGUGAUGAAGAGAGCGCACGUGGCGCGGCAGAGGCUGCUCCGCCGCAUCUUCAAGGAGGUGGAGGUCCUGAUCGACACGUCUGAAGGUGCCGACGCGCUGCCCAACGGCCUGGAAGUGACCUUUGAGGUGACGGAGAUCAAGCGGCUGACAGGAAGCUACAACACCAUGGUCGGCAACAACGAGGGCAGCAUGGUCCUGGGCCUCAAGCUGCCCAACAUGCUGGGCCGGGCGGAGAAGCUCACCUUCCAGUUCUCCUACGGGACCAAGGAGACGUCCUACGGCCUGUCCUUCUUCAAGCCUCAGCCCGGACACUUCGAACGCAACCUCACCCUCAACCUGUACAAGGUGACGGGCCAGUUCCCCUGGAGCUCCCUGAAGGAGACGGACCGCGGCGUGUCGGCCGAGCUCAACUUCCCUCUGGGCUUCACCAACCACACCCUGAAGUGGGAGGGGGUGUGGCGGGAGCUGGGCUGCCUGGCCCGCAGCGCCUCCUUCGCCGUGCGCGAGGAGAGCGGCCACUCGCUGAAGUCGGCGCUCUCGCACACCAUGUCCAUCGACUCCAGGAACUCGGCCAUCUUCCCCAGCAGAGGUGCCUUACUGCGCGUCAACCAGGAGCUGGCUGGCUACACCGGGGGGGACGCCAGCUUCCUGAAGGAGGACCUGGAGCUGCAGUUCAACCGGCGCCUGCUCUGGGACUCGGUCCUGUCUGCCUCCUGUGGGGGGGGGGUGCUCUACCCCAUCGGGGGUCAACCGUCCUGCAUCGCCGACAGGUUCUACCUGGGGGGGCCCACCAGCGUGCGGGGGUUCGGGAUGUACAGCAUCGGUCCCCAGAGCGAAGGGGACUACCUGGGCGGGGAGGCGUACUGGGCGGGGGGGCUGCACCUCUACACCCCCCUCCCCUUCAGGCCGGGCCGGGGGGGCUUCGGAGACCUCAGUACUCACUUCUUCCUGAACGCCGGAAACCUCUGUGAGGGUCCCCGAGCCCACCUGCAGAAGCUGGCCGAAGUGCAUCCGCUGGUCUACGGAGCGGGAAUCGUACUGCGGCUCGGGAACAUCGCCCGGCUGGAGCUCAACUACUGCGUCCCCAUGGGGGUCCAGAACGGAGACAGGAUAUGUGACGGCGUCCAGUUCGGAGCAGGGAUCCGCUUCCUGUGA